AUGCUGACUUGUGGGGUGGGGCGGCGGGGGCCGGGGCGCGGGUGGGGGGGGGGGGGGGGGGGGGGGGGGGGGGGGGGGGGGGGGGGGGGGGGGGGGGGGGGGGGGGGGUGGGGGGGGGGGGGGUGGGGGGGGGCGGGGGGGGGGGGGGGGGGGCGGGGGGGGGGGGGGGGGGGGGGGGGGGAGGGGGGGGGGGGGGGGGGGGGGGGGGGGGGGGCGGGGGGGGGGGGGGGGGGGGGGGGGGGGGGGGGGGGGGGGGGGGGGGGGGGGGGGGGGGGGGGGGGGGGGGGGGGGGGGGGGGUGCGGGGGGGGGGGGGGGGGGGGGGGGGGGGGGGGGGGGGGGGGGGAGCUGCGGGAGCCUGA